UGUAAUCAGUUGUGUAUAGGACACUCGGGUGCGCGCGUCGAACGGUUUCUUGUCGAAUGCGAAGUGCAGUGGCUCCUGCUCCUGCUAACGUCAAACGGACUUGGAAGAACGGUGCGCGGUUUUUGCUGCUCUCCAGUUUGGGCGAUUUGUGGCUGCUUGGCUUUCUUGCUGCGGAAAAGCAGAGCGGAACAGCAACAACAGCAACAGAAAUACUAAAGCAAUAAUUUGUUUGGAGAAUUCGUUCCGACGGCUGGCCAAAAAUGUGGCAUACAACUGAAGUGUGGCCCGAAGAAACUAUGCAAAUAAAUUAAUAUGCCGAAAUCAUUAACAAAUUAAAACGAAACACGCAAAAGCAAGAGCAAAACAUACACGAGAAUAAAAGGAAAACGAAACCCGAGAGUCAAGUGCUUCGAGGAGAGCUGUUUGCUGGCAUGCUUUGAGGUUAAUUCCACCCAAAAACCAGCCCUCCGCCGCCACCUGCCGCCUGCCGCCUCCAACCACCCAACCCUCUGGGUUCCCGGGUCCCCUGGCCUCUCAUCUCCGCCACGUCUCGUCUCCCGUCUCGUCUCCAGGUCUCCCGUUCUAACGGUCCGGCUUUCGCCCACUUUCGUCUUCUUCGCUGCCGUCACCAGCUCCGCGUCAAAGGCAUCAAAGAAAUGGUUGCCUCAUUAGCGACUUAGCGGAACGCGCCAUAAAGGAUACCGUAACCAAAAACCACAAAAAAAAAUACAAAAUAAAGAGGAUACGCCGAAAGGGAUUGACAGCCGCAACAACAUCGUCUGCGCCCGUACCAGGAAAAAGAAGAAGGAGAACCCAUAAAAAAAGGGACAAAGAAAUUGAAUACUCACCGGGUUUUCUGUGGCCUUGCCAGCGAAUUUAAGCACCAUGGGUUCGUUCUGUGCCAUCUAAAAACCUCUAACAGAGCACCUCAAAUGCGAAUUGAUAUUAAACCGUAAAUCAUAAUUAACAAGAGGUAAUUAAGCAACAACUGCAAAACCAAACCAAUACCACGAGCAAGUCAAAGCUGAAGUGGAAGUGGAAGUAGAAGUAGAAGUACAGCAAGAACAACCAUGGCCUCACCACCAGAAAGCCCUAUCGAGGAGGUGGUCUAUGAGUUGGAACAAACACGCGUGCCUAAGCCCAUACCCGUUGCCCUCGAGGAUCUGUGCCGCCAAACGAAGUUCACCAAACAGGAAAUCCGCGUCAUGUACAGGGGAUUCAAAACAGAAUGCCCCGAGGGCGUGGUGCACGAGGAUUGUUUUAAGGAUAUUUACGCCAAAUUUUUUCCACAUGGCAAUUCGAGUUUAUACGCUCAUUAUGUGUUCAAGGCGUUCGAUGUUAAUUGCAAUGGCGCCAUUAGUUUUCGGGAUUUACUGGUCACCUUGUCGACCCUGCUGCGCGGCUCUGUCUACGAGCGCCUCCGCUGGACAUUCAAGCUCUACGACCUGAAUGGCGAUGGCCGGAUCAGUCGCGGCGAACUGAGCGAAAUCAUCUUGGCCAUUCACGAGCUUAUGGGCAGGAGACCACACCAGCCUGAGGACGAUCGCAAAGCGAGGGAUCAGGUGGAUCGUGUGUUUCGUAAGCUGGACUUGAAUCAGGAUGGCAUCAUAACGAUAGAGGAGUUCUUGGAGGCCUGUCUGAAGGACGAUUUGGUGACGCGGUCACUGCAGAUGUUCGACAACGACCUUUGAUGACAAGAGGACGGGCCAGUGUUGUUGACCACCUCGAAGACUAUAGUAUCGCUUAUAGAUCUAUAAAUGCAAUAAACCAAAGCAAAGAAAAAUCGAGGACGGAAUCCUCCAAAAAAAAACAUCUACUACCUAUGACAAAAACACCAGUGAAAUUGAUGGCAAAAGAGGAAAUGAAACAUAUUAAUAAUUAAUAUUAGUUUAGGCCAAAUAUCGAAAGAAGAAAAACUUUAAACUUUAUGAGUGUGUUAUUGUAUAACUAGAAAUGGAUAAAAAUGAAAUAUGAUAAUGAUGAUAAUGAUGAAGCAGAAUAGAUCAGAAUAUGAAUAUGAAGAAUAUGUAAUUUUUUGAGCAUAUUAUGAAUUUAAUCCUGCCGUAAAAAGCGAAUUGGUCUUAUAUGUAUUUACUAAACAUAUACAUAUACCUACGAUAUUUGAAUGUGUAAAUGGACUUUAUUUCAAGAAAAAAAAACUAAACUAAAAACUAAACCACCAAACCGCAAUGAUUGAUUCAUUAAUGGAAUUGGUAUAGCGAUAAAAACCGAGAAACCGAGCUCUCAACACACGAUUUACUUUACUCGAUUAAAAAUAGCGAUACAAAAGUCAGAGAAGAAACACUAUAAUAUUUACACUAAUCUAAAGGAUAAUACUAAAAAAAUUAUUUUGUUUUCCCCGAACUUUGUUGCCGCCUUGAACCCCUAAAACCCCCCUUCCCUUUGCAGUCAAUUAAAGCCCUGAAAUACGACAAGUGACAAAUUGGAUUCAUUCAGCAUGUGGGAAAAUCUAUUAAAUUUCAUUUUCCAUUUACAUAAAUUGUACAUUCAUUUUUAUGGCAUCCAACUAAUUGAAUUUUCAAUGCGCAACUUAAUACAAAGAAGACAAAAAGAUAUAUACACGAGAGCACACAUGAUGAAUAUAAUAUAAUGAAUAAAAUAUGUAUGUAUAUUUAUGCCUGGGUCCUGUGUGUGCCCGACCAACCACCGAUAUUUAAAAAUAGCACUUGACAAUUACAGUUUAUUUAAUAUUUAUACAAGGCCGUGCUGAUUUUUUAAUGUUAACUGCAAUUCAUAGCACGACUCUUCAAUUAUAUUAAAUUUUCAUCCAAUUGCCCAUGCAAUCACAAACAUAUGUACGAAUACGAGUAUAUUUUUGUAUAAGAUCCCACGACUUCCCGAGACCCGCACAUUUUCCAUUAUUAUUUCAUCGUCCCAUCAGCCAGCGAGUGGCAGUAUUGGCUCCUAGGGCAGCCACAAUUGUUGCCCAUUGCAAUGCACAUGGAUACAAAGGAAUGAUAGGAAAGACAGGUUUUUACACACCGUAUUUUCAUACUCAAACAUUGAGUGCUUAAUGGUACAGUACAUGGUCAAGACAAGACAAUCAAUGUGGUUUGAUAUUUCCUAUUUCCUCUUUUAGUUCUACGAUUACACAUCGUUCUUCCAUUGUUGCUUCGAACAAAAGAAAAACAUAAAUCUAUAUAGAUAUACAUGUACAUUCAUACAGGAAUCUCAACUGAAGGGGAAAACGAUAGAGAAUUGUUCAUAUAAAAUCAUUUCAAGGGCUUUGGUCAGAUCUACACAAAUAAAGGACUCUGAAAAGUGUGCUUCUGUGUCAGGAAUUGAAAGAGUUAUGAUCUUAUGAUGACUUUCAAUCACAUUUCUUACUCGUUUUUAUUCAAAUGGUUUCAAUCUAGACCUGACACUUCAACUAUGCCUAUUCAGGUAUUUUGUCGAUCUUUACUUCAUCUGAAAUAUAUAAGGGUUUCAUUUAUCUGUAUCUACAAAUUUUCGUUUUAGUUUCAAUUUAAUUAUUUCUUGAUUCAUAUCAAAAUUCCAUCCACUUUUAGUCAAGGAUACAAUUUAGAUUAAAUCUAGUAUGAAUGUAAGUUAUAUUUUAUAUCAAGCAGGGAUCCAACCACAUUUAAUCGUUAUCGUCAAUAAACCCAAUCUAUUUUCAAUGUAAGCUUGAGCUAACUUUUUGAGUCUACUUGUUGGAAGCAUGCUAGUUCACAUCACAGACCAUUUCGCCAUGAAAUCAUCUUUCUAGAGUAGGCAAGGCAAAGCCAUUUCAUUUGAAGAUACCUUCAAACAAUUCGGUUCUAGUAAAGGGCCUAGCGGAUACAUAAGCGACCUACCUUUUGAGUAAACCACCCCCCGCCCGAUGCCCUACCUAGUAAGAAACGACCGAUGCAAUAUUCUGUAAAUGUAUUGUACACUGUCCAAAAUGAAACCGAAAUGGCUAACGAAAUGAUAUUAAAAUACGAUGCGAGUUGAAGGAACCUAAAUGUCUAACUAGUCACAUAAUAAUAAUAAUGAAAUUGAAACGCUUAAACUUAAUCUUAACCUACAUUAAAAUUAAAAUCGAAAGUAUUUUAUUUUAAUAAUCGAAUUGGAAGUCAAAAUAUUACUGUUUUUAGCUGCUAAAUGUUUAGUACGAAUAUGAAUUGAAAUAUAUCCUCUAUGCUAUGUCCAGAUCGAAGUCUAAAUGUUGUACGAUUAGCUAGAUGGAUGGAUGGGGAAUUGAAAUCAGAGUAGGAUUCCCCAUAGCCAGAAGCCCUGACCCCUGGGGGAGGGCAAUGUAUUUUUAGCAAAAUAUUGUAACCACAAUGACGAAGAUUACCUUUUAAACUACGUUUAGUUCGCAUUUAGUUGAGGCUAAAUUUAAUCAAAAUGUACCUAGUAAAUGUAAAUUACGAUAAUAAUUUUCCAGCCUAAGCGAUUUGUAAAUGAGCCCCUAGAGAGUUGACGAGAGAUUAAUGUCCGAGCAGCCAUCAAACCAUCUCGAAUGUAAUGCCCUAAGUUAUCUAAAUAUAUAAUUUACGAGCAUGCUAUCCCUAUGAAUAAUAAAUGGAAUGAAACGAAACGAAAAUUAACAAGAGCAAACGUGGUUAGUGAUUUGGAUUGUUUAUAAGUACUUGAUGAUAGGAGAAACAGAAACCCCACAAAACUUUAUUAUAAUAGCAAUAACUAUGAUAAUACUACGUCUAACAUACAUAUGAUAUGAUAAUUCCAUUUAUGUGUACAUUUCAUUCACCUAAUUGUCUAAAGCUUGUACGCAGGCUUCGUUCUACUUACCCACAAAAAUUGUUAACUGGUCCAGCCGACUAAUCUGCAAAUCUAACGAAAAAUAUUUGCUGUCUUUAUAAAAGAAAGAAAAUUAAACACUAAAUAAAGUCUCCUUUGCUUGUUUUUAAAAAAAGGAACAAAAAAAUUAAAUUGAAAAUUAAAAAUUGGACAAACAAUGAAACUACAAAAUCGUAUCUUCAGUUAAAUGUUGUGCACUAAGGAUAAACUAAACCUAUUCGUGGUUAGUCUUCAGUCAGCCUUACUGAUGUCAUUCCCUAAGUUCUUGGACACUUCCAAUCGAAUUUCGUUGAAACUUAGUUCUUAGUCGAGGAAAGCAUAAAAUUGAAAAUUUGAAUAAUAUAACUGUUCUUAUGCCACUUAUAAUAAUACGAAAUCUAAACAAAGCAAAUCUCGAAAGAUGCCCAAAAAAAGAAUAGGGUAAAACGAUAAAAAAAAAAACAUUUUAAUAAAAAUAACAAUUUAAUUAUAAA